AUGGGGGGACGAGGGGAUGGGAGGAUGAGGGGAUGGUGGGAUGGGAGGACGAGGGGACGAGGGGACAGGAGGAUGAGGGGACGGGAGGAAGAGGGGACAGGAGGUCGAGGGGACGAAGGGACGGGAGGGCGAGGGGACGAAGGGACAGGAGGAAGAGGGGACGGGAGGAAGAGGGGACGGGAGGGCGAGGGGACGAAGGGACUGGAGGAAGAGGGGACGGGAGGGCGAGGGGACGAAGGGACGGGAGAAAGAGGGGACGGGAGGUCUCUUUCUCUCUCCCUCUCCUUCUCCUUCUCUCCCUCUCUCUGCAGCUCCAGGCCUGGCCGACCACCCAAGCGUUCCCUGGGGGUAGCGAUGCAGGAAAGCUCCAGGCUUCUUCCCCACAGUGUCCACGGCCUACUGUCUCCCGGCCUCCUCUCAUCCAUGUCACCCGGAGGGCUGACGGCUGCAGCGAUGGCCGAGGCUUUGAAGCUGCAGAAGAUGAAGCUGAUGGCCAUGAACAACCUGCACGGAGCCGGCAGCCAGAACGGGACCGAGUCAGAGAACGACGAGCUCAACUCCAACACAGGCGGAAGCGAGUCCUCCUGGGACAAAGAGAAGCUCCAGUCUCCCCCCUCCUCUGGUGCUGCCCACAGCCUGGGUCACGCAGGCCUGUCAGGGCAGCACGGCCUGUCCAGCUCCCAACUCAACUCCCUGCAGCAGAACCACCUACUGGCCAACCGACUGGACCUUCCAUUCAUGAUGAUGCCCCACCCCCUGCUGCCCGUCAGCCUGCCGCCUGCCUCUGUUGCCAUGGCAAUGAACCAGAUGAACCACCUGAACACCAUCGCAAACAUGGCCGCUGCAGCUCAGAUGCACAGCCCCUUGUCCAGAGCAGGAGCGUCUGUCAUCAAGGAGUGUGUCCAGGACAGCCCUUCUCCAGCCCCCUCCAUGGAGGAAGGUCCUCGCCCGGGCUCCCAGCCCUCCUCACACCCCAGCAGCAGUGCCUCCAGCUCCCCCGCCCCGCACCAACACACCCCUGACCGCCUGGUGAUGAAUCCUGUUGAUGGAGACCUUGGGGACAGAGAGGCUGGAAUCAACAUGAAAAACAUGUUCAAAGAGAAAGAAGAAGGGCAGCUGGCCUUGCCCAUGAUGAAGCCAGGCUUUGAGAAGAUGGCCCUGGGUGGACAGACCCUGCCUCCAGGCUUCCCUGCGCCCUUCCUCUUCACCGACGGACUCAACUCUGUGGAGACUCUGCUCACCAACAUCCAGGGUCUGCUGAAGGUAGCCGUGGACAACACCCGUGUGCAGGAGAAGCACAUCCAGCAGCAGAGGAAGGAGCUUAAGAUGGAGCUCUACAGGGAGAGAGAGAUGAGAGAGACUCUGGAGAGACAGCUCUCCUCCGAACUGCACAGCCGAGCCACCAUCCAGAAGCGUCUGAAAAAGGAGAAGAAGGCUAAGCGGAAACUGCAGGAGGCUCUGGAGUUUGAGUCCAAGCGCCGUGAGCAGGUGGAGCAGGCCCUCAAAACAGUCACCUCCCCAGAGAACCUCCGUAUGAGUCUCAACGAGGCAGUGAUACCGGAGGUUGAGCCAGAGCAUAACGGCAGCCAGCAGGAGAACUCAGGUGUACAGGAGAACAGACCCUACACCAAGCCUCCCAUCAUGUACUGAAAGAACUCCAGCUCUUCCAGACCUGACCCAUGGCUGCCGCUGCUGGCUACCCCAGAGACAGAGCCCUUGGCUGGAAGAGAACGAGCGGAGAAGAGUGGCGACUGAAGGGAGGAAUGGAUCCCCUGAAACUCAUGUACAGGACUGCAGAGAGGGUGUGGUGGGGUGAGAGGUAACACUGGAGUAGCUCUUUUUGCUGCCCCAUCAUCUCACUCCAGCUACUUGUAAAAUCCCUCUAUUUUACUUGUUUGAGAAAAAAAGAGUAAGGACCAUUGAAAAUAAAACGUGGAUUUUUCUCUACUCCCUGUGAAGCACAUACAGAAAGCUAUCCUCCUUCUCUAUCCUACUUCUCUCCAAGCUGAUUGCCUCUCAUUAUUAUUAUUGUUAUUAAUUAUUAGUAUUAUUAUUGUUGUUAGUUGUUGAUUCCUCAAAUGCCCCAAUAUGUCCCAAUAGCACAAGUCUUGCAGCGCAUAUAUAGGAUCAUUUCUUCUUAAAGCUUGAAAAUCUGAAGGAGGAUAUGAAAUGUAACAUUCAAGACAAAAUGUGCUUCUCUUCUUAUAUCACCUCUUCUUCAUCAAGUAAAAGAGACUGAAACAGUUUCUGAAUUUAUAUGCUUUUUCUCUUUUGUCCUCUUUUUUUCUGAAAGAUGUCACUGCUUCGUGUUGACUUGGGAAUGUGUCCUCUCCCUGAACUGAAUGUGUCCUCUCCCUGAACUGAAUGUGUCCUCUCCCUGAACUGAAUGUGUCCUGUCCCUGAACUGAAUGUGUCCUCUCCCUGAACUGAAUGUGUCCUGUCCCUGAACUGAAUGUGUCCUCUCCCUGAACUGAAUGUGUCCUCUCCCUGAACUGAAUGUGUCCUGUCCCUGAACUGAAUGUGUCCUCUCCCUGAACUGAAUGUGUCCUCUCCCUGAACUGAAUGUGUCCUCUCCCUAAACUGAAUGUGUCCUGUCCCUGAACUGAAUGUGUCCUCUCCCUGAACUGAAUGUGUCCUCUCCCUGAACUGAAUGUGUCCUCUCCCUGAACUGAAUGUGUCCUCUCCCUGAACUGAAUGUGUCCUCUCCCUGAACUGAAUGUGUCCUCUCCCUGAACUGCAUUGUUUGUGUGUGUUUACUGAAAGCUCAGUCUGGACACAAAGAAAGAGAUAUUGAGGCGUAUCCUAGAUACCUUUCCCCACUAAUGGUUUCUCUGUUGCUCAGUUCAAAUGUUAUAUUGCUGUUUAAAAGACAGUAUUACAGUAACCCCUGUUCUGCCCCCCCCCCCCCUUUGUUUUUAAAGACAUGUAAAAAUGCUUUAGCAUUGGCUAUUCUGACGUCGUAAUUAAGUGGAUACAUUUGUUGUCAAGAAAAAAACUAACGUAAAAUGAAAUACCCCAAUGCAUAUCUGAUGCAAGCAUGCCUGUAGAUACAACACUGGUAAAAAAAAAAAGUUACACUUGCUGGUUUAAAAAACAUGCCAAUUCAAAUAUAUUUUUUACAAUUUGGGGAAUUUAAUUAUUACCAUGAUCACAACCAGGCAGCUAUUUCAAAUUGUUGACCUUGUUUUAAUGAUGAUAUCACAUCACAGCCGUGCACAAAACACACACAAUGACAAACAUACUUCUGGAAAUCUUGCUAGAUUUUUUUUUGGUUGUUGUUUGGUUUUGUAGUAAUAAAGAUCUAGAUUCCGA